UUUCAACUUGCAUGUGUGGUUUGAACGUGUGAAAGAAUUUGUGUGUGGUGUGUUCUGGAGUUUGGGAAUGUGUUUUUGUGCUAUUCUGUCUGAGCAGGUAUUUGUGAUGAUAGAUCUUGAGAAGAUCUUUCCGACGCAACAAGAAUCGCUUCAAUCGGAGCAAGAACGCGAAAGCUAUGAAGAUUCAAAGUUCUUGAGCUUGCGUUACAAUUGCGGCGGUUACAAAGUGAAGUUGUGGGGUGACUCACAAUGGAGUUGGGACCUUUGGGGUUGGGGAAAUUUGUCACUCUACUGUAACAGCUGCAAAUAGGUUGGGAACAACCAAGCUAGGUUGGCAAGGGUGGCCAACUUGGAUGGAUUGGUUGGGAAGGGACAAAGGUCAAAGUUGAGGUUCCUAUAGGGAGGGAAUCUUUGUGCUUAUGGGGUUUCCUUGGUUGGGGACUCUCUUGGGACCUUCCCUCUCAUCCAUCUCUUCCUAUCCCAACCUUUCUCUUGCUCCUUCUAAUUCCUUGUGAGAUUCUUGAAUUUUGAUUGAACUCUUGAGAUUGAGUUAAGUUCUCCUCCUACAGCUUACCCCCUAGUGCGUCGAAAGCCAUAGCGUCGCGAAUACUUCAUCAAUCAACAUGAUUCAAAUUGGGAACGGUAGCUGAGAUUAGGAGCUACAACAUAUCGAAGUUUCGCGACAUCCCAACGGCUGGUUUUUUGUCGACGUCGUUUCUUGUGAAGACGACUUUUCUGUCCAGAAUUUCGGAUUUAUAUUUUGAUCACAUGACUCCACGGGCAGAUUUGCUUGAUGAGGUAAAACCCCCUGGGAAGAUCAAGUAUGUGGCAGCAGCAUCAGGUGCUUUGCUCCCUGUCAUUGGUGUUGGGAAUGCCAAGGUUAAGGGAGCUAAUGGGGAGCUUGUGGGGCUUGGGAAUGUUCUGCUGGUUAAAGGCUUGUCUGCUAACCUUCUCUCUGUGCGGCGACUGCAGAAGAGUAAGGCCGAAGUGACCUUUGGACCAACCAGCUGCCGUGCAAGCUUGGGAAGAAGGUGCUGUGGAGUCUGGAAGAGGAGACCAGCUGCAUCAAGGACCUGUGGCAGCUGCCCAUCAUCCCAUGGAAUGGGAAGACUCCAACAGCAGCAACGACAGCAGCGGCAAAGGCAACAGCAGGAGGAGAUGCAACUGCACCAACUGAUGGGGUCCUGGAAGCAGUCAAGAAAGUGCAGCAGCAGCAGACACAUGGUGAGGUGCUUGCUGGUGUGGAUGCGAGUGCGGCAUGGGCUAAGGCUUCAUCAAGGAGUGGAGAGGCCGAUUGGGAGACAUGGCAUGAGAGGCUGCGUCAUGUGAACUUCCCUAUGCUGCAGAAGUUGGUGAAGGAUGGGAGCCUGAAAGGAUUGGAGGUAAAGGGGGAUUGAAGGAGAUUGGGAGCUGCCCUACAUGCUUGGAGACCAAGUUCUCCAAGUUCCCCUUCAACAGCACUACAGGACCAGCCAAGACCCCACUUGCACUUGUGCACAUGGAUGUGGUGGGGCCCACAAGAGCCCCUUCCCUCUCAGGCAGCCGCUAUUUCUUGACAAUUGUGGAUGACCACACUCGGGCAGUGUGGGUUUACCCUUUGAAGAGCAAGGGGGAGGUGGCAGCGGCUGUCCUUAAGGAGUGGAUGCCGAGAGCUCAGAGGGAAUGUGGACACAAGGUGAAGGUGAUCCGCAGUGACAAUGGUGGGGAGUUCAUUGGAGCUGAUUUUGAGGGGGAGUUGAAGAGGAAGGGGAUCCAGCAUCAACUGACAGUGCCCUACAACCCGC